GGUGAAGCUCCUGGAAAUGAAACUGGCGCAUCCCUGGAUAGUUCAUCUGCUUAUCAUCAAGGAACUAUAACUCACAGUUCAGCUCUAAGUCCAGAUCAUUAUGACCAUUCUCCAUAUGGUCUAUAUUCUGUCUCCCCUGGACAGCAAAGGCCCCGGAGGCCGAAGCUUCAGCACUCAACCUCCAUAUUAAGAAAACAAGCAGAAGAAGAAGCUAUUAAAAGGUCACGGUCCCUUUCAGAAAGCUAUGAACUUUCAUCUGACUUGCAGGAUAAACAGGUUGAAAUGCUAGAACGAAAAUAUGGAGGCCGUCUCAUAACUAGACAUGCUGCUCGUACUAUACAGACUGCUUUCCGCCAGUAUCAGAUGAACAAAAACUUUGAGCGGCUCAGAAGUUCUAUGUCUGAAAAUCGUAUGUCAAGACGCAUUGUACUAUCCAAUAUGAGAAUGCAGUUUUCAUUUGAAGGACCUGAGAAAGUUCACAGUUCCUACUUUGAGGGGAAGCAAGUUUCUGUUACAAAUGAUGGAUCAAAAAUAGGAGCCCUUGUCCAGUCUGGAUGUAAUGAUCUUGCUGAAUCGACUAAUAUGAAAUCUCCAGCAGCUUCCACAGACUUUGCUGAUGCCAUAACAGAAUUGGAGGAUGCUUUUUCAAGACAAGUAAAAUCUCUUGCAGAAUCCAUUGAUGAUGCAUUAAACUGUCGUAGUUUACACUCUGAUGAGGUACAGAUACCUGACCAAGUUAGAAGUCGUGAAAUAGAAAGAGAUAGUUGUGGUCCAACUAAAUCAGCAAGCCAUAAUGUUGAUCAUAGGAAACUUGAUGAAAUGACUGCUUCCUAUAGUGACGUUACAUUAUAUAUUGAUGAGGAAGAGUUAUCCCCACCGCUUCCCCUUUCUCAUCCUGUUGAAAGACCAUCGAGCACAGAGUCUGACUUGAGACUUAGAUCAAUAAACCCUUCUCAAGAAUACUGGUCUAUGACACAUAAAGACCAUAAAAUAGACACUGACACAAGUUGUAGGAGUACCCCUUCAUUGGAAUCCCAAGAACAGAGAAUGAGGAUGGAUCAUCUUCCUUUGCUAACAAUAGAACCACCAAGUGACAGUUCAGUUGAUUUAAGUGACCGUUCUGAAAGAGGAUCACUGAAGAGGCAAAAUGCAUAUGAUCGUGGAAUUAGUAGUCAGCAAGGUAGCCCAAAGCACAUAUCACAUGGCCUCCCUAGCAAAGUAAUAUCUCGAGAAGAUCCAGAAACUAGGCAUAGACCUAGGCCUAUUGAUAGCCACUUGGCUAUUAAUGGUACAGCAAACAGGCAAAGCAAAUCUGAAUCUGAUUAUUCUGAUGGAGAUAAUGAUAGCAUCAACAGCACUUCCAAUUCUAACGACACAAUAAAUUGCAGUUCAGAAUCAUCUUCUCGAGACAGCUUAAGGGAACAAACUUUGAGCAAGCAAACAUACCACAAAGAAACUCGUAAUAGUUGGGAUUCCCCUGCCUUCAGUAAUGAUAUCAUCAGGAAACGUCAUUAUAGAAUUGGACUGAACCUUUUUAAUAAAAAACCAGAAAAAGGAAUCCAGUACCUGAUCGACAGAGGCUUUGUGCCAGAUACGCCUGUUGGAGUUGCCCAUUUCCUGUUACAGAGAAAAGGUCUCAGCAGACAAAUGAUUGGAGAGUUCCUGGGAAAUCGACAAAAGCAGUUUAACAGGGAUGUUUUAGACUGUGUUGUUGAUGAGAUGGACUUCUCAGCUAUGGAACUGGAUGAAGCUCUCAGGAAAUUUCAAGCUCAUAUCCGUGUCCAAGGAGAAGCUCAGAAAGUAGAACGACUCAUUGAAGCUUUUAGCCAGAGAUACUGCAUCUGCAAUCCAGGGGUUGUAAGGCAGUUCAGAAAUCCUGAUACCAUCUUCAUUCUAGCUUUUGCAAUCAUAUUAUUAAACACAGAUAUGUAUAGUCCAAAUGUAAAACCAGAACGUAAAAUGAAGCUUGAAGAUUUUGUCAAAAAUCUAAGAGGUGUAGAUGAUGGUGAAGAUAUUCCACGAGAGAUGCUCAUUGGGAUUUAUGAGAGAAUCCGAAAACGGGAACUCAAGACCAAUGAGGAUCAUGUGUCACAGGUCCAAAAGGUUGAAAAACUCAUAGUAGGAAAAAAGCCGAUUGGAUCUUUACAUCAUGGGCUUGGUUGUGUUCUGUCUCUCCCACAUCGGCGGCUUGUUUGUUACUGUAGGCUCUUUGAAGUUCCAGAUCCAAAUAAACCUCAGAAGCUUGGAUUACAUCAGCGAGAAAUAUUUUUAUUUAAUGAUCUCCUUGUGGUCACUAAAAUUUUUCAAAAGAAGAAGAAUUCAGUCACAUAUAGUUUUCGACAGUCCUUUACCCUCUACGGAAUGCAAGUUCUCCUUUUUGAGAAUCAGUAUUAUCCAAAUGGCAUACGACUGACAUCAGCUGUUCCGGGAGCAGAUAUCAAAGUUUUAAUAAAUUUCAAUGCUCCAAAUCCCCAGGACAGAAAGAAAUUUACAGAUGAUCUGAGGGAAUCUGUUGCAGAAGUACAAGAAAUGGAAAAACACAGAAUAGAGUCUGAAUUAGAGAAACAGAAAGGUGUAGUGCGACCAAGCAUGUCUCAGUGCUCUAGCCUGAAAAAAGAGUCCGGCAAUGGAACGUUGAACCGGGCCUGCCUGGAUGACAGCUAUGCCACGGGGGAAGGCCUCAAAAGGAGCGCUCUUAGCAGCUCCCUUAGAGAUCUUUCUGAAGCAGGCAAGCGUGGGCGACGCAGCAGUGCAGGAUCGCUAGACAGCAAUAUGGAAGGGUCCAUCAUUAGCAGUCCUCAUAUGCGCCGAAGAGCUACAUCAACCCGAGAGUGUCCAUCUCGCCCUCACCAGACUAUGCCUAAUUCUUCCUCACUACUAGGGUCCUUAUUUGGUAGUAAGCGAGGAAAGCCUUCCCAAGGCCAUUCAGCAUCCGGCCCACCACUGCCACCUCAGCACCCUCCCAUAAUGUCACACCCGCAGCACUCUCCACAUCCUCCUGCCAUGCACCACCCGGGUCCGGCUGAAGGGCAGACCCAGGCACAAGUGCACAGCCACCACUCUCAGUACUGCCAUAUGCAGAACCCACCUCCUUAUCACCAUCACCAUCACUAUCAUCCGCCCCAGCACAUCCAGCAUCCGCACCAGUACCAUCACGGGCCACACUCGCAGCAUGUAGCUCAUGCCCAGCAUUCGUACCUGCCACAUUCCCACACCCCAUAUUCCCACGCUCCCCAUCCUCCCUUGCCCCCUCCUCAUUUGGCACAUCCUUCCCAUCCUUCCCAUCACCAUGCACAGCCAAUAGCCCCUUCUUCUUCAGCCAGCACGAAGCCCAAGCAUAGCGGCAUCAGCACAAUAGUCUAGAAGCC